CAUUUCGGUCAUAAUGGAGGAAAAAUAAACAUGAAAACCCAAUAUAUAGACAAGUGCAUGUAUAUCUUAUAUGUUGUUGACCUUUCUUUGUGUUGCUUUAGGUGAACAUCGUAACAAUCCACCAGAUGUCAGGUGUCUACUGUAUUCUCUACUGUUAGCUGAAAAAUAUCAGUUGAAUCUCAAUGAACAAUCGCACAGGAUCAUAAGGGACAAAAUCAGAGAUAGAUAUUUCCCUGAAGUUGCUGAAGAAGGCUUGGUAAAUCUGCCUGAUGGAAUCACAAAAACCCAGAAUGGCUUGAUAAAGUUUACAUCAGACGACAUCAGACAUGACGUAAUGUACGCCUUUGUCACGGAGUGCCUGGUAGAUAACAGUGAUUUGGAUUUUUUCCUGACCACGGCGUCACGUGACGUGAUCUCUGAAUACUGCCGGUCCUGGCGUUAUAGGAGGAGUGAGGGAGAGAGAUGUCUAUAUGUACCGGACGAGCCGAAGAAGAUGUUCGACCUUUUUAUAGAGAAACUACGGCUGGACAUCAUCACACACUGUACCGUAAAUGAUAAGAUGAUUCAUGACAGUAUCAGUGAACGUUUGGGAGUCCCUAAAGAAGUACUACAAUGGGACCAGGAGGCCAGAGAGCGGUAUGUGGAGUACGCUAAGAGAGGAACACAGACAGUCCAUCACGCCCGGGGGAUGAUUGUAGGAUGUGCUGGGGCGGGGAAAACCACACUACUUAAACGUCUUCUUGGUUGUAGUGAAGACGAGAUUAAUAAAGUAAAAUCUACUGAGGGACUGGAGGUGCAUGGGGAACUAUUUGAUAUAUGUGAGGAAACAAGAUCAUUAAAGGCAAAGAAAAGCAAGGACAACAACGGAAAAGAAUUUACUACAAAUGUUGACUCAAAGACUCUGACAUUCUUUGACUUUGGAGGACAGUGUGCGUACUACGCCUGUCACCAGAUUUACCUGACUAGGAAAGCUUUCUAUGUUGUGGUGGUGGACGCCUCUAAACGUUUUGACCAGAAGGUGGAUGAGAAAGUGUGUGAUCAAGAUGGGAGUGUUUUCUCUGGAUGGACUUAUGGAGACUACUUUGUUUUCUGGAUAAAGUCUAUACACACCUACUGUGGUUUUGACAUUGAAAAAGAUAAAAAGUCCGUAGUUCUAAUUGUAGCCACUCAUUGGGAAGAAGGAAACAGACAAUUUAAGGAUAAAGUGGAACUGGUUGAGCGUUUACGGUUUCAGUUUCCGAAGACGUCUAACUUAUCACAGUACAUCAGAGAUGAUAACGUGUAUUGUGUAGAUUAUACUUUACCUCUCCAUGAUUUAGAAACUUGCUUCUUCAACAUAGCUUCCAGUCAACGAUGGAGAGAAAGCAUUCCAAAAGAAUGGUCUUUCUUUGGAUUAGAAAUCAAUCAGAAAAAGCGCUCAGAGCGGAUCUUGAAAAUUUCAAAAAUAAAAACAGAAGUACCAGAGAUUACUGCUAAAGAACAGGAGGAUUCAGAUAAAAGUGAAAAUGGAACACAAGAUAUGUUAAGAUACUACCAUGAUGCUGGAAAAGCCUUAUAUUUCAAUGAAAAUGGUCUCAAUGAGGAAGUGAUUAUCGACGUCCAAUGGUUUAUUGACGCCUUUAAACAUAUCAUCACAGAUAAGCUUCAUUUCAAAGGUAUUCCUGUAUCGCAAAGCGACUGGGAUGAAUAUUACGAGACUGGAAAUUUGCGAGACGAGCUUCUGAUAGAGAUUUGGAAACAUAAAGAUGAAGAGUUGUUUGAAAAGCUUAGAGAAAAAGACAAAAUCUAUCACAUUAGACUUGGAUCAUAUGAGAAAGAAAAAAGAUAUCUGCAAUGUCACAAGAAAUCACUUCUUGGUUUUAUGCAAAGACUUGGUUUACUGGCUCUUGGUACAAAUUCCCACUAUAUUCCAUGUAUGAACAGGAAAGAAGUGGAGUGUAAUCUUUCCAAUCUGAUUCACAAUUCGCACAGUAAAUCAUCAGUCCUCAUUUAUAGAUUUGACUUUUUGCCAUUUUUCUUGUUUUAUCGCCUUAUUGUCGCUUGUAUGCAAGAAGAUAGUUGGAGUGUUCUACAGAAUAAUGGUAUAUCUUGCCUUUACAAAAACGCCGCUUUGUUUUCGUGCAUGGAAACUAUUUUCCUUUUGUCCGUCACAGAAGAGUCAAUACAACUUCAGGUAUUCUGUCUGAUGCCAGGAUGUGUUUUGGAAAGGGCAAAAACGUGCAAGAUUCAAGAAAGAAUUGAAAACCUGUUAAAUAAUUUAGCAGGAACAUUUCAUAGAAAAGUACAGUUUGUAAGAGGCUUCCGAUGUCGAAUAGAUGAAGAAAAAAUGAUUGCUGUUGAUAUCGAAGGACAUUUCUUACCAGAAAAAUAUUACAUUCCAAAAGAAGACUGUAAAAUGCUGUGCCCUUUACAUACGAUUUCAGAUCAGCAUGUCAUUGAUACAGCUGAAUUUACUAGAUAUUGGAAAUUGGAAAGAAAUACCAAACCUUAAAUUUACAAAAAAAUAUAUAUAAUAUUUUUUUUAUUUAAUUUUAAAUUGUUUGAUGGCUUAUAAAUUUUUAUGUAACCUGUACCGACAGCUCAUUUCACCUAUUGGGCUCGUAGUUUUAUUGCCCCUCGGCGUUAUUUAAAAGAUAGGAUUAUGUGGAAAACCUCCUUAUCUCUCUGUUUGUCUUGUUUCUGUGUGUCGUGUGAACUUUUUAAAAUUCCAGACUUCUUCAGAACAACCAGAAAAAAAAAUACAAAUGUUGGUGCAUACAUGUAGCAUCCUUACGUAAAGGGCAAUGAAAAGGAACUAUAUCUAAGAUUGGAAUAUCUAAUGAUGUUUUUUUUUUAUUUUCUAAAACUCCCUAUUUAAUUACUGCUGCACUAAAAAUAGUAACUUCAAUUAUGUGUCCAUGUACCUUUAAGUUACGCAUGUACAUGAACUAUUUAUCGAUGUAAGCUUUCAAUUAUCAGAUUUACCCACAUAGAUGUGUAAUAAAGUACGUACAUAUUGACUGUACCAACAAUAUAAAACGAUGUCAACCGUCGAUUUUUAGAUAAAUUGUUAGAAGGUUAAACGUGUAUAUACAUAGAUCAUGUAGA